CAAUGCUACUUUAAUGAUUGGCCAACGAAUUGAAAAGUUUAGAAAUUCAAAAUACCUGUACACAACUAUCAAAAGUAUAUAUAUUCAGCCAACCGCCGCCGGCACCCGCGAAACAAACAAAGAUCGAAGUUCCCUUUGAUCAAUGGAUUCAUCGUCAUCAGCAUCGGGGGGCGAUAAGCCGCUGAGAAAGAUAUCAGAAUCAUUCAGUGAAAUCGCAAACUCAAUCAAACAAUCUGAAGAAGUGGAACUAGCCCCUUUCUCUCACGCUUGUUCUCUCGUUUCUCCUCUUUUCCGAUGCCUUGGUAUCGCUUUCAAAUUCGCUGAAAUGGAUUAUGUCGCCAAGGUGAAUGAUCUCUGUGAGACUUCCAAGUCUAUUUUGACUUUGCAAUUGAUGAUGGAAAACGACAUUAAAGAAAAUUGUGUUAGGAAGGCAGGUAGUCACACCAGGAAUCUUUUGAGGGUGAAGCGUGGUUUGGAUAUGGUUAAAGUCUUGUUUGAGGAGAUUCUAGCUUCAGAGAACAAUUCUUUAAAGAAUCCAGCAUCUAAAGCUUAUGGGCAGGUCUUCUCUCCAUAUCAUGGAUGGGCUAUACGAAAAGCAGUUGCUGCAGGAAUGUAUGCUCUUCCCACAAAGCAACAACUGUUGCAAAAGCUUAAUGAGGAUGAAAUAUCUGCAAGGACUGAGAUGCAGAAGUAUGUUGCCGCAUCUGCCCUUGUCAUUGUCUACAUUGACAAGCUUUUUCAGUCAAGAGAAUUGGGCAUAGAUUGGUGAAUGAUUUACUUCAUUAUAAUCUAUACUUCGACUAAUUUACCCUGAUCCUGAACCCAUGUUCUGUGUAACUAUGUAUAUCUUACUAUGAUAUUAAGCCUACAAGGAUUCGCUGAUUAUUAAUUUCUAUUAUGUGUACCAUUUACCACACAAUGAUAUAUUCUUUUGAAACUUUUUGAGAUCAAA